AUGGGUAUCGAAUUACAGGAUGAUGUUUUAUCGGCGGUAUCAUCGGAUAUGGGACGACGAAAGCUGCCUUCGAUACCGACGCAGCGAGCAGAGAAGGCUAGCGAUGCACCGAGCGCUCCCAUUUAUCUCACUUCCAGUGCUCCAUCGACCGCUUAUCAACCGCAACCACAACCACAACAACAAAUUCAUUUCACUCAGGACCCACGUGCCUAUUCGAGGCCUAGCUCACGUACUGCCUCAUUAACGGACCUCUCAAGGCCAUCGUCAUCAGCCAGUAGUGUUAUCAGUUAUCGUACUGUUGAUCCAGCUAUUAUACCCGGUGCUACUAUUUCAUCUGAUGUUCGUCCCAAACCACCAAAACGACAAACAACAUCGGCCGCGACCGGUGGAAGACCUUCACCUAUUCUUACACAAGCCUCUUCGUCUCGAAUGCCAAGCACACUGGCCAGAGUUUUGCUCAAAAAAGAACUUAAAGAGGUGCUGGAGAGGCGUCGUGAGACGUUGGAAGCGUGCGAGAUUGAAGCGAACCAACGCCAAUACGUUGUACAUCGCAUGCUCAUAACUGGUUUACUGCCUGAAUAUCGUUCUUCUGAUAUUGACGAUAUUCCAAAUGUGAUUCCUUGUUUACUGCCUAUUGAACUGAUCGAUGGUGCACGCGUUAUUCCCGAUUUCAGAACAGCCACUGCUGUGCCUAGUUCUUCUAAACCCCUCUCCAACGCAAACGUUUCUGCAACAAUCCCUCAAGAACAUAUUUCCAGGCCCCCAUCGGCUCAGAGUAGCACACAAGAGAUUGGAGUGUCUACUGAAGAUUUUCCUUUUGAACCAAGAUCCAAAUCUGUCGGCUGCCAAGCCGAAUCCUCUCAGACCACCUCAAAACUCUAUUCACCCACCUGUCCACCGUCAUCAUCAACAUCAUAUCGAAUGCCUUCAACAUCACUGCGUUUACAAAUGGAGCACGAUCGGUACAGUUCAUCAUCUCGUUUAAAAUCUGUUGAAACACAAACCAACGGCUUAUCGGCACAUGACCAACGACGUACCAAAGCUCUAUCACCACAUGUCUCGUCAAGCAGACGUCAAAAGAAUCAUAUCGCCUCAACAUCGGAUCCAAACUUGUUGGAGUCAACUGCAAAAUAUUUCGCGGAAUACGAUCGUCAAUUACGUGAACACGGACGUCGAAUGAAGAAUCGUUUCGCGUUUAGUGAUGAUGAUCCAGUUAGUAGGGAAUCGAAGAAAUUGAAACUGCUGGAUGAAUUGGCACAACGCAAAGAGAAGAUUUCCUCGAUGACCGAUCUCACGCAGUCUGAACUUUUCCCAACAAUUCAUCCGUCUUCUGAUUAUGCAUCCACUGUACCACAUUAUGGAUCACUGCCACACAUUGACUAUCCGACAACAGCUUCCACGAGUAGGGCAUCACGAAGUCGUUUGAGAGAUUUCACUUAUCGAGAUCCAAUGGGACGUGAACCGUAUGGGUAUGGAUCAUUGCCGAGGAAUUAUGAACGCUAUCUGGAUAUGUACGGCUACGAUACGACCGGUGAUGCUGACUUUGUAUAUCCACCAAACAUAUCAACACGACAGUAUGAUGCGCUAUCCAGGUCGCUGCGAGAUUUGAAUCUCUCUGCUGAUGACAAUAUAAUUGAUCCGCGUUUACGACCCUUCAGGACGGCUUCAACCAGUUAUUUGGAUCGACAUAGUGAUCUGAUGCAACCUGGGAGGUGUCAACCUUAUUAUGGUAGCUCAUAUCCGCAAAAUGUACGUCCACAACGAUUCGCCGGACCACAGAGUUUACCCAAUUCAGAUAUAAUAUCACAAUAUGCAAAUUAUUUGAGUAAUCAGUUCAUGGCUGAUCAACAGCAACAACAACAGCAAAUGCUNCCAACCUAUUCUGCACCUCUUUCAUAUCAACCAACUGAUACUCAUCAAUCUUAUAUUCAACAAGGACAGCAACGUUCAACCGUUCAGCAACCAUCCUAUGAAUACGCUGUAGGGGAAAACUAUAAUACGAAUAUUCCAUCUUAUCAAUACCCUGAUCAGUCGAUGCUCCAAACUGCACAACAGCAACAAGAUUACCGCUAUUCAUCAAUGCCAUCGAGUAGCAUGCUCCCACCAUCUGCAACUUACGCAUACCAACAGCAGCAACAAAGGCAGCAGUACUUGCCAUCCUCAGUAAGUCAGGUCUACAGCCGCAAUGAAGAUAAUUACGGUUCACGACCAACAGCUUAUGCUACCGAAUACGGUAAUUUUCAUCGUAAUCCAGCGUUGGCUGCAGCAACAAAUGUUGAUCCGUUGGGUGAUUAUUCGAAUCGAAACUAUUUGCGAGCUCAGCAAUAUCCUAAUAUGCAGAGCGCGUAUGGUAGUAGUUUAGCUGAUGCACAGUACCGAGCAGGAGGAGGAGUGGGGAUGGGGGGCAUUCACUUAACGACGCCAAAUCGUUAUUUGACUGAUCCAUCAACUCUCACCCAGCAAUUACCGUCAGCUGGUGCUAGCGGUAUUGUGGAUCCGUACAGGAAUUAUGCAAGUGGCUUGCCACAGCAGCAGCGAUACGGUCGAGCAUGGGCGAAUGGAAAUUUGAUGACGAGUAACUACGAUGCUGUUUAUCCAAAAGAGGAUGCACUCAGUCGUAUGUACGCAACGGCUGCGUAUCCAGCACGUUCGUCCAGAAUAUCACAGCAACAACAGCAAAGUGGUAAUAUUAUCGAUUCUCAUUCUCAGCAUCCCCAGCCAAUUAAAUUCUUCCAGGCAAAAUUAAAUCGCUUGCCGAAUGGAACACAGUCUGCAAGGUGUUCAGAUGAUAGUGACGGAUCUGGUGCUUUGCGACGAUCGCUUUCGAGGCCGAGGGCAUCAAAUAUUAAAAGGAUUUUGCUGACACGCAAAUAUCAUGACUCGAAUGUUUACAAUGAUGUUGGCAUCCGUGUCACAGGCGGAAAACGACUUCCUAACGGAGAAUUAGGGGCGUUCAUCUCCACCGUGAACCGAGCAAAAGCUCGGGAAACGCUUGGUGAGGUCAAAGAAGGUGAUCAGGUGUUAGAGUGGAACGGCGUUUUGCUCACUGGUAAAACAUUCGAAGAGGUUGAACGCGUAAUUGCGGCUAGUAAAGGAGAAAUUGAAAUUAUCAUUUCGAGGUUCACAUUUUCGUUCUAUGAUUCGCUCGCAGCGCUAAUCAAAAAAGCGAUCUUUAAUUUUCGCUGCUUAGGAUACGUCUACGAUAUUUCGUUGAAUGAUGCUCUAUGUGCACUGCAUUUUGAU